UAUGGGCUGGGCCGAUUUGCUUUCCUGUACCAAGAUGGCGGCCGCCAUGGGCAGGUUGUUUGCUGCAGGAAUCAGGGGAGUCUUCUGGGGCAAGGGUCACGUUCCAACGUUGCUGUCUCUAGGCACUCGCCCGCUUACCACUUCAGAGGACCCAUUUGACGUUGCUUCUCGUUACAAAGAUCAGCCCUGGGAGUACCUGACUAGUGAGGAGUACGUGCAGCGUUAUGGCAGCCAAUCAGUAUGGACUGGUUACAGGAGGAACCACAAGGGACCAAUCCCACCUCAGAAAACCCGCAAGACCUGCAUUAGAGGAGGAAAAGUCUGCGGAAAUCCUUGUCCAAUUUGCAGAGACCAGAAACUUGGCCUAGAUUAUAGGAACGUAAGGUUGCUGCAGCAGUUUAUAUGCCCACAUACAGGAGUGGUGUUUGAUCCCACAAAGACUGGAGUGUGCAUGAAGCAGCAGAAAAUCCUUGUUAAAGCGAUAACAGAUGCGAAGGACCAUGGUUUUCUCCCAGCGUCCGUUCCUCAUUUAGAGCUGCGUUGUGAAGAUUACUUAAAUAACCACGGGGCAGUUUCCAGUCUCCCCCCUCCCCCAGAAGGACCUUGGUACGAUUGGUAUGAAUGGCGGGAGCCGCCCAUAGAAGAGAUAAAACGACUGAAGAAACUUUAUAAGCCCUACCUGAAAGAGAUGGAAUCAGAAAAAUGAAGAUUAUGGAUUCUAAAUGUAAAAUCAGAAGUCCUAACUCUGUUUACCAACACCCAGAGCGAUAUAAAUUAUGUAAUAUUAAUAAAUAUGGCGCUUAAACACCUUGUACAAUCGUUUUAAAGGCCACAAUAAUUAUUAUUAUUAUACUUAAUUAAUAAAGCGCCAACAUAUUCCACAGCGCUGUCCGUGGGUACAAUUUGUUUAAAUAAAAAAAUUAUACAAGACUUUAA